AUGGCGGAGUCGGUGCUGGAAGUUGUGGGCAAGCUGCAGUCGCGGCUGGCGGGCAGCUCGGAGCCCAAGAAGCUGCUGAAGAGUCUGAAGAGGCUGGCAGAGCUGCCCAUCACAGUUGACAUCCUUGUGGAAACAGGUGUUGGGAAGACUGUGAACAGCUUAAGGAAGCAUGAGCUUGUAGGAGACUUUGCCAAGAACCUCGUAGCCAGGUGGAAGAAGCUGGUGCCGGUGUCCCAGGAGGCAGACAGGAAUAACCUAGAUUCUGAAGACCGGGACUACGAGAGGAGCAGCUCAAGCAAGAGACAUCAGGAACCCUCCCUCAGAGAGGAUGAGGAACCCGAUGAGGAGUAUUCAGAACCCUUCCAGCCAUCUUGCAGCCAGUCAUAUAGCCCAGAUCAUAGGGAAAAGAAGUCCAAAAGGUAUCCUAAGCCUGAGAGAGCCCAUGAGACUUAUGGCUACAGUAGCCACGAGGGGAAGGGUUGGGGCAGAUCUUCCCCAGUGCUCUCUUCAGAUCAGGAGUACUCGGACUAUGGACAAGCUGCGUCACCUGAGCCAAGUGAGAGCCCUCAGGACAUGUACACAGACCCUUAUGCCUCUGAGGAGCAGGAAGAACCCACAGUGCUCCAUCAGAAAGCCAGCAAAGGCCACAGCUUUCAGGAGAAGCUGGGGGGAGGCCGGGAGAGGAACCCUGGUGAGUUGUGUGAGAAAGGGAAUGUGAAUCGCAGCAAAGAGCACAAAUCCCACAAGAAGCAGCGACUGGAUGGCAGGGGGGAGGACAGGACCUCUGCCUUCAGCCCUGAAAGGUUGCACAAGGCCUCUUUUAAAGAACAGCUCCGAGAAGCCCCUGUGGCAGGGGGCAGCAAGGAGAAGCAGAGGGUGUCAGAUGGCACAAAAAAGGAGAAGAACCGAGAAAGCAGCAGCUCCAAAAAGGAGAAGCUGCACUUGGAGGAGUCUUUGGAGAACCACGUUAAGAAACAAAAACAUCGGGACUCUGAGAAGAGCAAAUUGGAAAAGCCUAAGCUGGGCUUGGAAAGCUCAAACACAGAGAGGGAGAAAAGGAAAGCUGAGAGUGACUCAUCAAAUAGGAUCAAAGAAAAGGGGAAUUCUGGAAGCUUAAAAUCUUCGGAGGGAAAGCGCAAAAUCUCUGAGGUGGACAAAAAAUCAGCUUUUGGCUCAAAUUUGGGGGAGGGGGAAAUGGAGGAUGAAUUUGAACAACCUACAAUGUCCUUUGAGUCAUACCUCAGCUAUGACCAGCCCCAGAAAAAGAAAAAGAAAGUGGUCAAAGCCUCUGUGUCAGCUGGGGAGAAAGACAGAGGGCACAGCAAACAGAAUGGAUCCAAAGCCAGCAGCAACAGCUCCAGCUCGAGUCGGAAGAGUCCAAGCCACAAGCGAACAAGUGAGAAAAAGGCAGAGAAGAAACAGCCAGAGCCUCCUAAACCAAAGAGGAUACUUCUAGAUGUGGUACCAACGUUGCCAGACAUCCCCCUGCCACCCAUCCAGGCCAACUACCGCCCUCUCCCCUCAAUCGAGUCCAUUAGCUGCUCCCAGACGAAAAGGAAAGCGGUGUCCUCGCCGGUGGAGGAGAGCGAAGCAGGUUUCACAGGCCGCCGCCUCAACUCCAAGAUGCAGGUGUACUCGGGCUCCAAAACUGCCUACCUCCCAAAGAUGAUGUCUCUGUACCAGCAGUGCAUCAGAGUCCUCAGUAACAACAUUGACUCAAUCUAUGAAGUGGGUGGUGUCCCUUUCUCUGUGCUGGAGCCAGUGUUGGAGAGGUGCACCCCAGAACAGCUGUACCGCAUCGAGGAAUGUAACCACGUGCUGAUCGAGGACACAGAUCAGCUGUGGCACAACCACUGUCUCCGGGACUUCAAGAACGAGAAGCCAGAGGAGUUCGAGUCCUGGCGGGAGAUGUACCUGCGGCUGCACGACGCGCGGGAGCAGCGCCUGCUGAUGCUGGCACGCAACAUCGGCUCUGCCCACGCCAACAAACCCAAAGGUAGAGUGGCCAAAAUGGCAUUUGUGAACUCGGCAGCAAAGCCCCCUCGGGACGUACGGAGGAGACAAGAGAAGUUUGGAACUGGAGGACCUCUUCUGCCAGAGAAGACCAAAAUAAAACCAGUCCUCUACACAUCUAACAAAAGCCACCCUCGUGUGAGUGAGGAGCAGUCCUAUGAUGGGCCCAGCACCAGCAGUGCCCAUUCUGUCCCAUCUUCAGGUAGCACCUUCUCCUCCUACGACCCCAGGAAACCACCAGUGAAGAAAAUUGCACCCAUGAUGGCAAAGACUAUCAAAGCUUUCAAGAACCGCUUCUCUCGGAGAUAAGCUUGCAGUGCAGAUCUGGGACUUUCCUGCUUGCAGAGGAGUGGCACUGAAAGGGAAGAAGGUACCCAAACAGCCCUUUCCUUUUUGAACUCUUUGGAUGCUGCAGCUGCUGGGAGAAGCUUCGAUCUGCACAAGAUGACAGCACAGUAUUUUAUCUUUUUAUUCUGGUCCCUUUCUCAGUGUCAAGGCCCCCCCUCCCCCAGCCUUCCCCUCUUUUACUCCAGCCCUUAGCAUCCUGUUUCUGGCUUUG